CUCGAGGUAAUUUAUUGCUCCUUCUUUAACUAGUCCAAUUCGGCGAGCCAUUGUAGGUUCCUCUACAUUGACUUUGUAUAAAUUGAAAGUGAACAGAAACGAAUUGGCCAAAUGAUUUAAAGCGAAUUUCAAAAUAACAUCGAAUUUAUUGUUGGUAAAAACUACAUGGGGGUCUGUUGCGUUAAAUUGAAGAGGAAUUGCAACAAAUUAAAAUUUAAUUGGCUGCUCCUAAAAAUUAUUUUUAAAAACCCCUAAUUAUAAGUAAAGAACCAAUAGUGCAGUCAAUUCAACAUCUUCUUUAACUGGUCCAAUUCGGCAAGCCAUUGUAGGUUCACCUACUUCAAUCUGAAAUUGAAUACAAAUCAUUGUUUAAAUAAAGUUAUUUUCUAUGUUCAAUAAUUAUUCGGAUAUUAUGCUCCUCAGCCUGAAACUCAAGCGCAGUUGCAACACGAAUUUUGUUGCUAGAAGUUGUUGUUCUGUUGGACAUAUUUUAAGUUUAUAUAAUUUUUUCAAAUAAAAUUUUUUAAUCUAAAAAAUAAAUUUAUCUGUUAGAAAUUAAAAAGGAGAUAAAGGGAAUAAAUUGAAAAAAGGAGCUAGAGGAGAUAUGUUUAAGGGGAUUUAGAAAGGAGGAAAAAAGGUGAAAGAUUUUCUAGGAAAUGAACCGAUAAAAUGAAUUGAAAAAAAUAAAAUGUUAACUGUUUCGGGAUAGAGUUCGGAUCGGAGGAGCAACAUAUGGUUGGGGUUCGGAAUUUAAGGAAAAAAUUUUUAAAAAUAAAGUUCCAAAAGUAAUGCACUCGCGUUCUAUUUGUUAACUUAUU